AUGAUGGAAUACGGAAGAACGCGCAAAGGGCCGCUGCCUGGAGGUCGCCAGAGCGCGUCUGGAGCUGGCGCUGGACGCGACAGCAUGCGAACCGCCAGUCGAGCGCGAGGUGCUGCACGACCACCCAGCAGCCCCUCGCAUCCAUCAUCCCCACCAGCUGGUUUGGUGUCGGCAGGGUCUUCGCGGGCCCAGCAAUCGGCACCCGCCACUGGUGAAGUACGCCGCAUGCGUUGGACAACCCAGAUGAACAGCAACGCACUGCGAGCGUAUUUUAGGGCGAAAGGGGGAGAAACCGGAGGUUUUGCGUAUCGGGCAAGGAUGCAUCGACUUUUUGCUAAGCUGGAGCCAUCAGUAACCGUCACCGAGCAAAACCUCGCAGACCGAGUUCGGUAUAUCUUGCGCUCAAAUACAUUUGAUGUCACCGAACUCGAACGGCUACGACGUGAAGCUGUUCCUUCAUCGGGUGAAAAUGCUGCGGCUGAGGAUGCGGCGCCACAACUUGCUGAGCAAACGGCAAAUGUGGAUGCCGCCGUGAAUACGCCAGUUGUGGUUGAUUCAAACGAUGACGGAACAGUCGCCCAGGAACUGGAACUAGAGCAAAUGAGGAGUACAUUGGAGGAGGCGAUGGUGGAAACGCGCAGUACGCCGCUCGAAAAUCGACCGCGACUUCCCCGCUUAGCCCUAAGCAAGCGGAAUCGGGCUGUCGUGAGGGCUCUGAACCCAAUGCUGGUUACCUACUUGGAAGCCAGCCGGGACCUUUGCGAGACGGACUCAAUUCUUUUUGGCGCCGCACUGGCAGUCUGCCGUAUUAUAGGCGCCAAACUUUCCACGGCUGGACGCGCUACUGGACAAAGUAGUGCUAUCCCAGCCUGGAGAAUAAGAAUUGAAGAACGUAUCGCAAGGGCUAGGGCCCUCAUCGGUAGACUGAUAUACUUCAGGUCAGGCAAUUACAGGCCAAGGAUUGUGCGCACCGUCAGGAUGGCGUUUGCUGGGACAAAUGUUAGUUUGUCCCAGCCGGAUAUAACGCAAAAACUGACGGAGCGCGUAGACGACCUGAAGCAAAGAAUCGCUGCUUGGGGAAAGCGGAUUCGGCGAUAUACCGAGAGGUCGACACGGUUCAACCAGAAUUGUCUCUUCCAGACUGGGACUCCGUGA